ACCAAGGGGUAAGGAGUAAAAUUCUGAAUUGAUUUCUGAAUGAAAAUGUUAUGUUUUGAAAUGUUGUGUUUAAGAAUUGUGAAAAGUUUGUGUAAAAUAAAAAAAAUCUGUUCUUGAUCUACAGUCAUGUCCGGAGAAGGCGACACCUGUCCGGCCUGUGUGUUGCAGCUUUGUCAUUCUGUGAGGAUUGAGUUUCGGUUGGAUGCAACAGCUGAGAUUAAGAAGUGUUUUGUCUGGGACUGGGUCAUGCUGUGCAUCAUGUGGGACCUAUUCAAAAUUCAUCCAAGAUUUUCUGCCUGCAAGAUUUCUCCUCAUCUGGCUUCCUGGAUUUGACCUUCACUUCCUUCACAGACUGCUCGAGUUUGAGUGGCGCUCCGGUCUGACACAGUGGCGGAAGUGAAGUGUUGCCUCGGUUGGGACUGGGUCGUGCUGAGGAUCCUGUGAGAGUUGUGUGGAAUAACGGCUUCCAAGAUCUUCUGCCUGUGACUUUUCAUCAUCUGAUUUCCUGGACAUUACUUUUGCUUUCUUCAAGGACUGCUCUGCCUUCUUCGAUCAGUGCUCCUGGCAAGCUGAAGUAGAAGUGUUUUGUGGCCUCUGCCUUGUGCCCUUGUUCGAUAUGGAUAAGGUUCCAGUGACGGUACACCUAUAUAACCCCUUCGUGGCCAAAGAAGACUUCAAAGCUUUCCUGGGGCGAUACUGCUCUUUGGUAUCAGCGGGAGAGAGGAUGCUAGGCCGCUUUGGGAUCUGAAGGUAGAUCCAGUGGCUCCUGUGGAUUUGCUGCACCCUCUGGGUAGUUUUGCCAUCGGUCCUCACCAGGGCUUCCUCCACUGCCCCGGCCAGCCCCUGUACUGUCAGAGAUGUAGAGCGCUUGGUAAUACAAAGGAGGCCUGCACUGGGUGGAGGUGUCUUCUUUGUGGCGCAGAGGACCAUGCAGCGGUUGGGUAUGGGGCACCAAAGACCUGCAGCCUCUGCAGGACCGAGGAACAUUUAUACUGACAGUGCCCCUUGCAGAACAGCACCUACUCGAGGCUCUUCGCAGAGGAUUUUGAGACCUCAAGUGCCCAAGCAGGAGGAGGCAGAUCCUGGUCCAAGCGAGGCAGAGCCAGCUAGAGCUACUAGACCGACAAAGGCGGUAGCAGCAGAAAUGCCGGGGAGGCUGGCGCAGGACGCCCAGGCAGCAGCAGCCAAAUUCCUGCAGGAGGAGAGGGACAUUCCUGCCGAGAGCCCGAAGGCGGUUAGGAUCCAGGCAGGGGAGGACCUUUCAACUGGUGGGGAAUCGCCAAUUCCAUUAGGGCCCUUGACGGGUCUGGAAGAGUCAUCUCUGGAACCUAGCCCUGGGAGUAGAGCAAGAGUGACUGAAGGUGAGAGGGUUCAAGGGGGUGGGGUAAGGCCCACCCUGGUGAUAGACUAUCAGGAAGAGGACAGUCAGUCUCACGAGGAGGGAAUGAUAGAGGAGGAGGGGUGGACCCUAGUAUUGUCAAGGAUGGUCAGACCGAUAGCAGGGAGGGGAAGGGGAGUUAACAAAGGAAAGGACAAUGGAGACUUUUGA